AUGCUAAUGUCCAUGGCACACAACACGCACAUGUACUACCUGGCCUUUUACUUUCAAGCAGUCCUGGGCACCAACGCGGUGACGUCGGGCGUCCGCUGCCUGGCGUACGGAAUACCGUGCAGCAUCGCCAUCAUUAUCACAGGAGCGUGCGUCAGCUCAAAGGGCUACUACGUCCCCUUCAUGUGGCUCGGGUCCAGCGUCUUCAUCGCAGGAUGCGUGCUCCUCCAGAGACUCGAUAGAGAGUCGUCGAUGGGGCAGUGGAUCGGAUUUCAGGUCCUCAGCGGGGCUGGCAUCGGGCUCGCGGAACAGGUCCCCUUCAUCGCAGUGCAGGUCGUUCUGCCGGACAGCGACAUGCCGACAGCAUGUGCCAUGGUCGUAUUCCACCGCUUGCUGGGUGGUGCGGUGGGACUCAGCAUCGCUUCCAACCUCUUUUCCCAGGAGCUCUACCGUCGGCUCGCAGGGGCGCCGGGAGGGGUCAACGUCAAAGCAAUACAAGACGCUGGUGCAUCAGACUUAGCGAAGGCGGUUCCCGCAGCUGUUUUGCCGUUCGUGCAGAAGGCAUUCAGCUUUGCCAUUUCUAGGGCCUUCAUUUUACCCAUUGUUGUAGCUGGUACUUCCUUAUUACUUAGCUUUGGCAUGCAGAGACGAUGGAUUCCAGACGAUCGGGUGCAGCCAGGUCAGGGGGCCAACACUGGCGACCCAGUUGCACCUGUGCCAUUAAAUCAGGGAAGGAAUGAGAAGACUGUAUAG